AUGGCCACUGAAAUUCCUCAAGAAAGGGCUUCUCCUAUUCCUAAGCACCUCAACACAAGGCCUCGUCUCCAAGUCGAAGACACUCCCUACUUCUUGAGCUUGACAGAUCACAUAAAUCUCAUCCUCACAGCUUCUCUUCUUACUGGUCCCAACUAUCAAUCCUGGAAAAGAGGUAUCUUUGUUUCUUUAGCAGCCAAGAACAAGACCGCCUUCGUCGAUGGAUCCCUUCCCCGACCCCCUCCCACUGAUUCUUACCUAUCCCAUUGGCUCAGAUGUAGCAACAUGGUCAUAUCUUGGAUUUUACAUUCUGUUUCCCCCAAUAUUGCUGAAAGCAUCAUGUUUCGUACCACUGCAGCUGCUAUGUGGAAAGAUUUGUCUGAUUGUUUCAACCAAUGCAAUGGGCCUAGAGUUUUCCAACUUAGAGAAUCGGCUAUUGCUCUCAAGCAAGGCAACCAAGAUGUUCAAACUUACUUCACUAGACUCAAAUUUCUUUGGGAUGAAUUUGCUGAGUUUCAUCCUACUGCCACACUUGUGGAGCAAUGGAAAAGCUCAAUGAUUUUUACAAUCUUGAUCAAGUUUUACAGUUCUUGA